CCAGCCAACAGAUUUGCCGUUUCGCUCUUGUACAAACUUGUAAUAACUUGCUGCACAAUGGCUGUAAUCCACUAUAGACCAGGUUUACUACCCUCCCCAAACCAGAUAGCUUGGAAUCACCUUUGGAUGUGAGAAAUCUUGGGAAUGGUGCCAUUGCAUUUCCAGAACUAGAUUUGGAGUUUCCUUUGUUAAGGAUCACAGAUUUGAAGAUGACAGCUCAGUAGCCGGAACACUGUCGUCAAGAUGAACCCUUCAUCUCUGGACUGGUCCAUUCAGAGCACUCUGUCGUCUCUUUUUCCGCCGUUUGAGGCUACCGCUCCUACCGUUCUCAGCCAACUCUUUCGCACCAUUGAGGAGCGUUACCAUGGAGAUGCACUACAGUGCCUGAUGAACUUCCUCAUCCCAGCAAAACACAUCCUAGAGAUUGUGCAACAAGCUGCGUGUGCUGCAUACUCUGAUGUCCUGUUCUGCUGUGAAGGCUGGCCGCUGUGCCUGAGAGAUCGUGUGGUGAUCCAACUCGCCCCCAUCAACCCUUUACUACUCCGACCUGGAGAUUUCUACCUGCAGGUGGAACCUUUUGGAGAUCAGUCAGCCCGAAUUGUCCUCAAAAGCCUCCUUGUGCAGGAUGACCUCCUGUUGCAGGAGAAUCUCAGCUCCAGGGUGCUUGAAGGUCCUGCAGUCGAGGGGAUACCUGUAUCCGAAACGUCCUACCCUUGCAUUUUCACUGAAUCUUGGUUAAAAGAAAUCAACGAGGGACGCCAUGGUACACCGCUAGGUCAAUGUGUGCUUUCUUCUGACCAGGGGGUUGUGAAGGUACCUUGGGGUGAAGUUGCCCACCCAGAAUUCCUUGACACACCCAAAACAAAUAGCUGGUCUGAAACACAGACAUGCUCAACCGCAACUCUCAGCGUUGACGAAUUUCAGGCUGAGAUGUCGAGGAACAAAGCUCAUCCACAGAUACCUGCAGAAUUCUUACCACUUGAGAUAGAAAAUAGGAUUCUUCCAGCAAAAGAUGGGAUGUCCAUGUCUGUUCAGCUUGUUGAAGGUGACUCCAGAUUGGCCAAGGUUGAUCAAGGACACCCAAUCAGCAAUUUUGUUGGAAAACCGGUUGGUUGGGUCUCUCCCAAUACCUGGGACAGCAGGCAUAACCGAGAGCAAGAAGGAGAAUAUGUGGAUCUGUUGGAGUUCAUCAAGGACAAAGAGACUUUGAGCCUAAACCAAAUAGCGAUGCCCGCAAAAUCACUGAGCUUCAAGCUAGUCAGUACAGCUCAGCCAGCACCAAUAAACAACACCAACUUGUGUGGUGAGGACUUUAGAUUUCCGGUUGAGAACUGCAACCCUUGCUUGCCAAACAUGCUGCUCUCGAAGGGCAUGCAAAACAAUCCAGAAUUCAAAUGCAGGUAUCGGCAGUCGUACAUGGCAGCUCUCCGAAACCCUGUGAAUUUUGAGAGAGCAAGUAUGCUGCCUCCCUUGGAUGAAACUAGGCCAUGCAUAGUGGACACCGAGCCAAGUAGUGAGGAAUAUGGUCUUGGCCUCAGACUUAAACUUUCGAGUUGCACAUUUGACCAGACACCAAGCCAAACAGGCAGAAACCCAAUACAAUCCUUUAAGAAUUCAGAGACAAAACUCUGUCAGAACUCAACCCAGCUGAGUCAGAGCACAUAUCAUGACCGUAGUUCAAUAGAAAACACAGAGUUUCUUGACCAACAUAUGACACAGCUGAGCCCCAACAUGGUCCAAGCAAGACAACAACACAAGUCAUUCUUUGCUGGGCAACAUGAUCUUCAUCAGACUGUACUGGGAACUAAGGCAAUACCUGACAAAAGACAAUAUUGUCUGAAUGAGUCAAUUAGACAAGAUCAGUUUCACAUACGGACUAGCAGCCAAAAGCACGUAAAAACACAACACUUACCCAAAAUGGGACUCAGGGCUUUACCUGACCACAGUGGUCACAGACAAGAUGCUAAUCUGUGUUUGCGGAGAUUCAAUCCAAUUCAGCAUCCACAGAUCCCUGAACAAACACUUCCUCUAUUUCAGUCCCAAUGCAGUCAGAUCCUGUUCCAAAAUGAGAAUAGUCCUUUGGAUUGCAGAAUUCUCUGUGGUGGCAUACAGCGUGAAAGUGGCCCAGGUUCACCUGUGAAAGUGUUGAAAGUACCAGGUAAAAGCAGGUGUAAAUCAUGCUCUUCAUCUUAUGUCUCCGAAGCAACGAGAGAGUGUCUGCACAGACCAACCAACAGAAGCCACAGUGAUGUCUGUCCAGAGAUCAUCCCCGCCUUGACUGUCAUUCAAGCAAUAAAGCACACGACUAAUUUGGUAUCCCCCAAAUUAAACAGGCGACAAGAAGCGAGAAAGGCUUGCUCAUCUGGAAAAGCUGUCACUCCGCUACCUCCUGUUGUUAAUGGAGUCGAGCUCCAGACAUCUGACUGUGAUCAGCUCUUGAUGGGUCAGUGUGAGAAUGGAUUACUCUCUCAGGACCCCACAGUCAAAAGUCUUCUCCAGCUGGGCAUUAUCUGUCUGCCAGGCAAUCGUGACAGAGCUGGCCGAGCUGUGGUUGAGGUUUGUGGGGGCAGGAAAUGCUGGGCAUCCUCAAAACUCUCUACUUUUGGUCUUUGUAGACUGCUGCUCUACCUGCACUCCAUUCCGAGGAUGGAGGUACGAGAGCUGGGACUGACCGUUGUGAUUGACAGCAGGAAGUGCCCUUUGCCCUCUGUGUUCUAUCAGUCUCUGCUCAUGGUUCAGGAGCAGGCUCUUCAUGCAGUGCACACUAUCUUGAUGCUUGUUGAUAAAGAUGUAAAUCCUCGACCGGAGAGACAUCCCGGUCUGCAGAUAGAUGUGGUGACAUCACUGAAAGCUCUUCAUAAGACGGUUGAUGCACAUCACUUGACCUCUGACCUUGGGGGAACCUUUCCAUACAGUCACAGUGACUGGCUGCACUUUCACCAGAAAUUGUCGCUCUUUGAACUCGAUCUACAAGCUGCAUCUUCAUUACUACAAACAGCAAUCAGAAGACUUGAUGUUAAAAAAAUGGACACGGUAAAGGAAGUGAAGUCCUGCAUCCAUGAGCAGCAGAGCUCCAUGAAAAUGGUGCUCGAAGACACACGAUUGGUCACUCUCCAGAGAGAGGGCGGGGCAAUUCUCGCCAGAAUGAGGAAGGAGGAGUCUCGAUUCGCUCAGUCUGAAGACUACAGGGACUCUUUGAAAUCUGUGACGUGUCUGUAUAACCAGGUUGAAGAGGCCGUUCAUACGUUGGUGAUGAAAUCAAACCAGUCUCUGCAACAUCUCGAACAUGUUCUGCUGUUGAGAGAGACAGAGGAUUCACUCAACACUAUCAGAACGUGGUGUGAUGCAGAAGAACAGUCCUGGCAGAAAGACAAAGAUGACACACAGAAAACUCUUCUGACAAUAAAGCAGAGACUACAUGAUAUUCAGUCUGUUCUGAUUCAAGCAAAGGAGAGAAAAGAAAAAGGGAUGCUGUUGAUAAAGGAAGUGGAGAGAAAAAGCAAAGGAACACAUUUUCCUGAAACUGACGCUUUUCGUCUUCACAUUACCACUUUCAAAACCAACAUGGCUGGCUUUCUCUUGAAAGCUGAGGAACGUAAAUCUGAUCUGGAAACUUCUGUUGAUCUAUAUCUUUUCUGUGAACAGGCCUCAUCUUUGGUUAAGGAGUGUAUGGAGUAUUUAGAACUCGUAAAGAGCGUGAACUCUCCGAUGUGUGUCAGCUUGAGCUCAUUGAAGGCUUUUGAAGAGCGAUUCAGAGAAUUCACACCCCAACACUUUGAAGAGAAAAGUAACGCGCUUCUCGAGAGGCACCCAGAUGGGAUCUGGAUGUGGAAUGCAGUCUGGGCUCAGUGCCGAGACAUCAGACAGAGACUUUCGGAAAUACUGCACGCCUCUUAUAGAAAUCAGAUGCCCCUGGGAUCUCCACAAAAGGAAACCGUGGUGCACGAUGAAGACUCCUUAGAAGGCCCAUCCAUGAGCGGAAAUACCACUAACCGUUUAGACAUGGACAUUGAUCCCCAAAGAAACCCUGCUGGCGGUCAUAUGAAAAGCCAAAACAUUCAUGAUGGGCAAAGCGAUAAUGAGAUAAUGACGCAACUCCAAUUUCAACCCGAGACAAGGGGAACACAAGGGAAUACCUUUUCAGGGAGUCCAAACUCAGACCCAACAAUGACCACAAACUCUUGCAAAGAAACAACACCGACUGGUCAUUACGUUCAUCAAGGUUCUUCAAAAGAUCUUCAACAAUCAUUUGAGCUCAAAGAACAAAGUCCAGCCCAAGUAUGCUUGAACAAAACCAGUCACAAUGUUUCCACAUCACACAAUUGCCAAACGGCAAAAUUAGGCAAGUGCCUUGAAACUUACUCUCACAGCGACAGUGAUCUCAGAAAAGCCGGCCGGGUCAACGAGCACGACCGCUUGCCACGUAAUCAAACCCUUGUCCGCUCACAUAGUGAGGGAUCUUGCGUGUUAUCCACCAGGAAUCAUUUUUCACUGAGCAAAACCAAAGCUAACGCCAAGCCUGUGGUCCAUCUGAAUGACCGAACAUCUGUAGAUUCCUGUCAAGAAGGUUUCUCACUGAGGUCUUCAAGCCCAGUCAGUUAUUCGGAUAGAGCAUCAUGGGAUGGACAGAGCUCUAAACUGUCUCACCAGGACAGCUUCAGUUCUAGUGCUUCUGGACUGAGCCAAAGCGAGAUAAACAAGACAUGCAGUGACACCAAAUGGGAAAACAAGUCCUUGAUUUCUCCAGGCAGAUCGCAGGAUGAGUCGACCUCUAGGCCUGUCCUUGCAGUGGACAACAGCAGUACUGUACUUAAACUCCAGUGCAUCAUGGAGGAGUUGCUCCAAACGGAGAGGGAGUAUGUAAGAGCGCUGGGGUACGUGGUGGAGCACUACAUCCCAGAGCUGGAGCGUCCUGAUGUUCCUCAAGAUCUCAGGGGACAGAGAGGAAGCAUCUUUGGAAACCUGGAGAAACUGCACGACUUCCAUGAGCAUCACUUUCUGAAAGAACUGGAGCUCUGCCUGAAGGAGCCCUUCUGUGUCGGACGUUGCUUCUUAAAACAUAAAGAAAACUUUGGUCUGUACGCUUUAUACAGCAAGAACAAACCACGCUCUGAGACAAUGCUCAUUGAACAUGGCAAAGAAUUCUUUAAGCAGAAACAGCAGGUGUUGGGUGAUAAGAUGGAUCUGUCGUCGUAUCUUCUGAAACCGGUCCAACGUAUCAGUAAAUACAGUCUGCUGCUGCAGGACAUGCUGCGUGAAUGUGAGUCUGGACCACACACGGGCCGUGAGCGAGUGGAGAUACAGACCGCACUCGAGAUCAUACAGUUUCAGCUUCGGCACGGCAACAAUCUGCUCGCCAUGGACGACAUUCAGGAGUGUGAUGUGAAUCUGAAGGAACAAGGGCAGCUCAUUCGCCAGGAUGAGUUCCUGUUGACCUUCAGGAAAAAGAAAUGUUACCGUCACAUUUUUCUCUUCCAAGAUCUCAUACUCUUCAGCAAGACCAGGAGAACUGAUGUCGGGAAUGACACAUACAUCUACAAACAAUCCUUCAAGACAUCAGACAUCGGUAUGACACAUAAUUUUGGUGACAGCGGUUUGUGUUUUGAGAUCUGGUUUCGAAGAAGGAAGUCACAGGACACGUAUGUGCUUCAGGCACAAAGUCGAGACAUGAAGGAGAACUGGACCAAAGACCUGCAAAGAAUUCUGUGGGAACAAGCCAUUCACAACAGAGACGUCCGUAUGCAGGAGAGAGUGUUCAUGGGAAUCGGACACAAACCCUUCAUGGAUAUCCAGCCCAGCGAGAUGGCCAUUAAUGACCGAGCUAUCAACUGUGUUCUGACCGGACGAGGUGGGGUUCCUGUCCUUCGGUUAAAUUCAAUUGGCUCGACCAGCUGUACAUCAUCCUCUGCGAGCCAUUCCUCUUCCUCCUCUGGGUGGGGCUCCCCGCCACCUGUGAGCAAUCUGAUUGGUCAAAGCAGUGGAGAUCUUGAACGGUUUGGACGGGGAACGUCAGGAAUCCUGGAGGAAUAUGAUUUAGACCAGGAGAGUGGAAACCACAGUGUACUUGUUGAGAGUUCAGAAUCGUCUGGAGGAAGUGUUAGUUGCUUCAGCAAUUCUGGCCACAGCUGCCAAUCUGUGAUUGGAGGAGACGCUGAACACGCCCCAUCUGAGGUUCAAGGGAAGACCUUCAUUGGAAAGUCAACAGAAGUAUAACCCAUCAUGAAUAUUUAUUCUGUAAUAUCUCCAUACGCCUGUUUAUGUUAUCAUUCAUCAUGCAUGUGGACCACUAUGAAUCCUGUGAAACUGUAAAUAAAGCUUGUUUUAAUUUAUUUAUUUCAGUGUGUGUAUAACAUUGGUUCAUGGAACUAACUUUUCAUUUUUUAUCUUACAAAAAUCCUUAUUUGUAUCCAAUUAGGUGUGUUGUACAGGUGAAACCUCAUACAAAUGUGUAAUCUGUUUAAAAUGUCUUUUAUCUGUAGAAAAAUGCUUUGUUCAAAUAUACAAAAUAAAUAAACUAAGA